AUGGAAGUGCCACUGGAGAGCAUGGAGCAUACACUGCCAGAGGUGAAAUAUGAAUAUCUUGAUCACACAGCAGAUGUGCAGUUACACGCUUGGGGAGAAACGUUACAGGAAGCGUUCGAACAGUGCGGGAUGGCAAUGUUCGGCUACAUGACCGAGCUGCCCACAGUAGAUAUUAAAAAGUGCUAUCAAAUCAAUACCGAGCCAACGGACGAUAUGGAAAAUAUGUUGUUCCGCUUUCUGGACGAACUGUUGUUUCUAUUUUCCGCAGAACCGUUCCUGAUCUGUAAAAAGCUCGUGAUAACUAAGUUUGAUCUAGAACAGUUUACCAUCGAGUGCAAUUGCUACGGGGAAGAAUUUGAUUUGCAAAAACAUCCGCAGGGCACGGAGGUGAAAGCAAUCACGUACUCAGCAAUGCAAAUUUACAAAAAACCGGAGCACGAAAAGAACGAAGUGUUUGUUAUAAUUGAUAUAUAA